AUCAUCCCUGACCUGAGUGGUAUUCACAACAAAUAUACGAAUUUUUUAAUUUAAACUUCUUUUGAGCUGGCGGUGAGGUAAAUAAAAACUGUGAGAGAGAUGAGCGCAACGCGUCCGCACUGCUUCGUUUGCGGAAAAAUAAAGGCCGUGGGAGUGUUCCAGCUUAUCGAAGGAUGCAUUGUGCCAGGAACAUUUAAGCCCAUAAAGGAUAUAUUAAAGUACUUUGAGAAAAUAAUCAAUCAACGCUUGGACUUAACGCCGGCCUCUGUAGCGUGCAGAGACUGUUUAGAGUAUCUGUUCAAUUACGAUCGGCUGGUGAGGAAUCUCAGUCAGGUGCAACGCCAAAUCGCGGAUGCUUUGCUUGAAUGCAGGAAAAAGAAAACGGAAACGAAGCCGUUGGUCAAGAAAGAGAUCGCAAAAGCAAGAGUGCAGGUUCCAACAUUCAAAAUAAUCCACAACGACGUCAGCUCUACGCCAGCACAAGAGGAAUCUCCAAACACAUUAUUCUCCCAACAGGAUAACGCAGAAUCCUUUAAAGAUGAACUGGAGGCAAUGAUUGAGGAAGAUCCGGAGGAAUUCCAGUUCACCGACAAUGAGGAGAGCAUGGAGUCGUCUGAGUCCGAGAUAUUCGAAACUUUGGAUGCCCCAUGCCACAUAUGCGGCGAACUAUUUUCGAGCCAGGAAAUCCUAGAGAGACACAUUAAGACCGACAAUUGCCAGAAAAACGAAUACUCCACCUGCAAUGUGUGUGGCCUGAAGGUCAAAGACGACGAGGUCCUCGACUUGCACAUGAACCUUCACGAAGGCAAGACCGAGCUGGAGUGCCGCUACUGCUCCAAAAAGUUCUCCCACAAGCGAAACGUUCUGCGGCAUAUGGAGGUGCAUUGGGAUAAAAAGAAGUACCAGUGCGACAAAUGCGGGGAACGCUUCUCCCUUUCGUGGCUCAUGUACAACCAUCUCAUGCGCCACGACGCCGAGGAGAACGCUCUCAUUUGCGAAGUGUGCCAUCAGCAAUUUAAGACCAAGCGCACCUACAAGCACCACCUACGCACCCACCAAACCGAUCGUCCGCGCUAUCCCUGCACAGAGUGCGAAAAGUCAUUUGUGGACAAGUACACCCUGAAGGUGCACAAGCGUGUCCAUUUGCCAGUAGAAUCCACAUCCUAACCGGCCAGCC